UACUUCAUUGGCCGAAAUUAUCAUUGUGUAUUUUGACAACUGUGAUCAAACUUUUGUACUCUGUGAUUAUUAGCAGCGGAAAAAUUCUUAUAAGUUAAGAGAGUGCAUCGAAACUUUACACCAUGUUUAAAAAAUUCGAUGAGAAGGAGAGCAUUUCCGGCGUCCAGCAGCUGAAGUCCUCAGUUCAAAAGGGAAUACGUUCCCGUCUUCUGGAGUUAUACCCUCAUCUUGAAAAUCACAUCGAUCAAGUACUACCCAAGAAAGAUACAUUUAGGAUUGUGAAAUGUCAUGAUCACAUCGAAAUUAUGGUGAAUAGUGCUGGCGAAUUGCUAUUCUUCCGUCACCGCGAAGGACCGUGGAUGCCAACGUUAAGACUCCUUCAUAAAUACCCAUUCUUCCUACCAAUGCAACAGGUCGACAAAGGGGCAAUUCGAUUUGUUCUCAGCGGGGCUAAUAUAAUGUGCCCCGGGUUGACAUCGCCUGGGGCAAGGAUGUCAUCUGUUGAAAAGGGUAGUGUCGUAGCUGUGAUGGCCGAAGGAAAGCAACAUGCCUUGGCUGUUGGCAUCACUUCUUUGUCUACUGAUGAUAUAGCGAAAGUUAACAAAGGCGUGGGAAUAGAAAACUGUCAUUAUCUUAACGACGGCCUCUGGCAGAUGAAACCAGUCAAGUGAAUGAACGCUUUUAUUAUAUGUAUACUUUAUCUUCUAAAAUAAUUUAAGUUUUUUUUUAUAACAAUAAAUAGUGCGUCUAAAA